UCGCUCAUCUGUCAAUUUUCCAUCUCUAUUCCUCUAUUCGUUGUUGAUUUAAUUUUUGUUGGUUGUUAAAAUAUCGUUUUGUUUCUAAAUCCGCUGAAAAUUUAAAUAUUUUAAAAUGGAAGUUGCAGCUGAGGAAUCACCAAAAGACAAUACAGUAUCGGAAAAUAAUAUAGGGGACUGUGACAAAUUGCCGACCCCACUUCCACAUGAACCUCAAAAAAAGUCAAAGAAGGAAGAUAGGUCAAAAAAAGAUGAGAAAAAUGUUGAACAGUUCAUGAAGACCCUAAGCUCAGUACCAACAUUAGAUGAAAAGUUCUCUCUAGUUUGUAAGAAAUAUACGCAGGCAGCUGAUGAUAAUAAGAAAAUGCAGUUUUAUAUCAAACAAUCUGAUAAAAGAUAUGCUUUGCUGGUGAAAGAGAAGGAACAACUACAGCAUGAGUACAACAAAACUGUUCUUGUUAAAUCUAAACUUGAGAAUCUUUGCCGAGAACUACAGAAACAGAAUAAAGCUAUUAAGGAGGAAUCUCUCUUAAAGAUAAGGGAAGAAGAAGAGAGACGCAAGGAGACACAGGCUAAGUUCCAGAACACACUGUCGGAGAUCACAAACCUGUUGCAGCAGAACAAUGAGAAGAGUGCCAAGCUCCGAGAUGACAACAUCAGCAUGACAGAGAAGUUCAAGAGUCUGAUGCAGCAACACCAGAUAAGGGAACAACAGAUAGUAAAAAUGACGAAACAAAUGGGGUUAGAAUCUGAACUAUCUGAUGCAAAGAUGCAGAAAGCAUCUUUAGAACAUCAAGCGGAGAAGGAGAGGUUAGUAGCGGAAAUUGAGCAGAUGAAGAUGACUCUAGCACAAUACCGAGCUAAGGUGAUGGAGAUGCAGACCAAUGAGACAGCACUGAAAGGCCAGCUCGCUGUCUACACCGACAAGUAUGAUGAGUUCCAGACCGCAUUGGUGAAGAGUAACCAGCUGUUUGGUGGAUUCAAGGAGCAAAUGGAUAAGAUGUCUAAGAAGAUCCAGAAGUUGGAGAAGGAGUCUCUGUCGUGGAAGAAGCGGUGGGAGAGCUCUCAGACGGCGCUGCUGGACAUGUGCGGCGAGCGCCAGGCCAGCGAGGAGCGCGCCGCCGCCGCCGCGCGCCAGCUGCAGCGCAUGCAGGGCCUCUGCCGCACCCUGCAGGCGGAGCGCACCGCGCUGCUCGGCACGCUGAAGGAGCACAACAUCGAGCGGCCGCCGCUGCCCGCCACCGCGCCCUCGCCGCCCCCAGCCCCCGCCGCCGCCCCCGCCGCGCACCACACACACCCCCCACACCCCGCUGACAACAACAAGGUGGAAGCGAUGGCAGCAAAUUGUGAACAAUUAAGACAGAGCUUAGCUCAUUUACAAACACAACUGGACGUGCUAACAACAGCAAAUAACGAGCCAGUUCCAGAAAAAGUUAAAACUGAAAAGCAAAAGAAAUCAAAAUCGAAAAAGAGUAAAAAGCAGGCUGCAGAGAAAGUCGAUGUGAAAGAAACCGAAAGCGACUCCAGCGCCCCCAAAGAUGCUACGGACGAGAGUAAAACUAACGAAGCUAAUGAACAAAGAGCUAAGAAGAUAGAUGAGACAAUGAAUUCUUUAUUACUAGCUAUUAACGAAGUUGAAGUCAAAGAGAUAAAAAAUGAUACAGAAGUUAAAGAAGUAAAAAAAGAUGAGGUUGAGGCAGUAUUAAAUUCUAAUGAAAAACUAGAGGAUGAAAUAUCUACAGAAGUUGCAAAACUUACGGACGUAAAAGAGGAUAUUAUUGCAGAAGAGAAUGUGAGUCAAGUUGAGUUAAGUUCAAACGAAGAGAUAGCGCAUCUAGAAGAAGUGAAAUCUAUAUCAAAAGAAGCCUAAAUCCGUGUAACAGUGUAAAUAGUGAUUUCUACAUCAUUUUAUAUGAAAAACUUUAAUAUUUCAUAAUGGUUUAAAUGAAUUGUGUUCCUAAAUGGCCUAACAGUGAGUUUUGUAUGACCAGUGAAGUUUUUUUUGUUAUAAAAUCAUAUGUGGACAGGAUUAUGUGCGGAAUGGUUUUUAAAAAAAGUAUUGAAUCAUG